AUGCCUAUGAUACAACAGCCCGCAAACGUAAUAAAACUCACCAACGUCUCGCUCGUCCGGUACAAAAAAGGCAAGAAGCGCUUCGAGCUCGCCUGCUACAAGAACAAACUCCUCGAGUACCGAUCGGGGACCGAGACCGAUUUGGACAAUGUGUUGCAGGUGCCUACUAUUUUUCUGAAUGCGAGCAAGGGCGAGACUGCGCCGAACGCGGAGUUGGUCAAAGCGUGGCCGCUGCCUGAGGCGAGUGAGAAGGGUGGUGGAGGGGGAGGGGGAGGAAAGAAAGGCGGUGGUGGGAAGAAAAGUAAAGGGAAGGGUGAAGAGAUCCUGCAAAAAGGCGAGAUACAAGUCAAUGCAGGCGAGCGGAAGGAGCUACUCGACCGCAUGGAGCGUGAGAUUGUCGAGGAAGUCGCACAGCGACUGGUCGAUCCACAGACGAAGCGAGUCUACACGACGGGUAUGAUCAAGAAGGGUCUGGAUGUGCUUUCGAAGCAGGGUGGGCACACGCCGCAGCAGGACUCGUUACAACAUAAAUUGGGAAGGCUGAAUUUGGGCGGUGAGGGACGCAAGAAGGGCCAGCCGACACCGAAGGGUUCGAGUGAGAAUAGCGGGCUGGCGACGCCGUUGACUGAUAAUGACGACGCGACUGCCUCUGCAGAGAAAGGAAAGGCGAAAAAGAGUGAUAUGCCUAUGUGGACCGGCGUAGUGACAUCAAAAUCGACAAAAGCGCAAGCACUCGAAGCCAUCAGAGCACUCAUUGCGUGGCAGCCCAUACCUGUUAUGCGAGCGCGGAUGAGACUGCGAGUCAGCUGUCCGACCAGCAUUGCGAAGCAGGCACCAAAAACGAAGAUUGGCGCCGGCCAAGCUGAGAGCGUCUCAGAGGAAGAUGGAGAUCAAGGCAAAGGAACUAUCAAGGACAGGAUACUUUCGUUCUUUGAGCAAGUCGAGAGUCAGGAUGUGCUAGGCGAGGAAUGGGAAGUCGUAGGAUUUGUCGAGCCAGGUGCAUUCAAAGGCUUGAGCGAGUUCUCAUCGGCCGAGACCAAGGGCAGAGGCACAGUGCAAGUGCUGGACGCCGCUGUGAUUCACGAGGAUGAUUGA